AGCCCCCCCCCCCCCUCCGCGGGCUCGCCGCGCGGCCUCGGCUCGCGCCGGUGCCCGUGGCGGGGCCAUGGCGGCGGCGGCGGCCGCCCGGCCGAACAAGAGGCGGCGCGACAACGACAAGAAGGGCGCGCAGGCGGCCGCGACGGCCAAGAAGGUGGCCGCGGCGGCGGAGUCGCUGGCCAUCGACGGCCAGGUGCUCAUCCAGUUCAGGGACCCCGACGGCAACCAGGCGGGUCCCGAGCUGGACGUGCCCCUCGGGACCAGCCGCGAGCAGCUCUGCACCUUGCUGAAUAAGCUGCUGGAGAACGAGGAGGAGAACCCAUACAGUUUCCACCUCGAGGACAACGAGAUAGUCUCGUCGCUGGCGUCCACGUUCGGGAAGCUGCCCGCCAAACAGCAAUCCACCGAGCGCGUGCUCAGCGUUACGUACUACCCCCUCGCACUCUUCAAGGUGCGGCCAGUCACGCGGUGCACCUCCUCGCUCAGCGGGCACACGGAGGCCGUCCUGUGCGUCUCGUUCUCGCCCGACUCGCUGCGGCUCGCGAGCGGCUCCGGCGACGCCACCGUUCGGCUGUGGGACCUGGGCACGGAGCUGCCGAAGCACACGUGCCAGGGGCACCAGGGCUGGGUGCUCGGCGUGUCCUGGUCCCCGGACGGGUCCCGCCUCGCCUCCGCAGGAAUGGACAAGGUUGUCAUCACCUGGUGCGGGCAAAGCGGGAAGGCGCUGCGAACCCUCAAGGGUCACACGCAGCCUGUCACCUGCCUCUGUUGGCAGCCCCUACAUUGUGCCCAGGAGGGAUUUCCGCUCCUCGCAACCGCCUCGAAGGACGCAAGCGUCCGCAUUUGGGACACGUCUUCGGGCACGUCCCUGAGAGCGCUGACGUCGCACUCGGCGCCCGUCAUGCAGGUGCGGUGGUCUGGCGAGCGGUCAGACAAGGGCGGUGCCGUGUACAGUGCUGGGCGCGAUUGCGGCAUCAAGGUUUGGAGCCCAAUCGAUGGCGUCAUGCUCAGUGAGCUGAAGGGGCAUGGGCACUGGGUUAACACUUUGGCUCUGAACACCGAUUAUUGCAUCCGAUCUGGGCCCUACACUCACGAAAAGUGCUCCUUCAAAGACCUGGAGGAGAAGCGUGCUGCUGCGCGUGAACGGUACGACGAGACAAUGAAAUUAUGCGGCGGAGAGCGUUUAUUGUCUGGCUCUGAUGAUUUUACGUUGUUUCUAUGGAAGCCUCUCGUUUCCAAGUCUCCGAUAUGUCGGAUGACUGGGCACCAGAAGGUUGUGAAUCAUGUGGCUUUUUCUCCUGACGGGCGUUGGUUCGCCUCUGCUUCGUUUGACAAGUCGGUCAGACUGUGGGAUGGACGAACUGGACGGUACGUGCACGCGUUCCGCGGGCACGUCGGCGACGUCUAUCAAUUGUCUUGGUCUGUUGAUAGCAGGAUGUUGAUCAGCGGCUCCAAAGAUUCGACGGUGAAGUGCUGGAACGUGGGCACUCGGAAACUCCAGGAGGACUUGCCAGGCCACGCGGACGAGGUCUUCGCCGUGGACUGGAGCCUCGAUGGCAGCCGUGUGGCGACGGGUGGCAAGGACAGGUUGCUGAAGCUCUGGCGGCACUGAAGCCAUGUCCGGUGUUCCUCUUGUUCCUUCCCGCCUCCCACCCAUUCAUCUCUUCUACUCU